UUCUAGUUUCGUUGAAUGUAUUCUUCAAGCUUCCGAUGAAUCCAUUCCUAUUAAAAAUACGGUUUGUAGCAGAAUGGGGUUGGCCGGUCGAAGUAUUAAACAGAUGGCGCCAUCAUAGCUUGCCCUGUCAAUCCCUAGAAUUGUGUCAAAUUCUUGUUUUUUUUUUGGAAUUUUGUGACCUGGAUUCCAGUACUUUAAGCCAAAUCUCAUAGAACAAAACUAGAGACAGGGGCAAGCUAUGAUGGCGACAUCUAUGCAAACCUUUGACAGUUGCCAACCCCAUUCCAUCCCCUCCUUGGUGGGAUUCAGAGUGUACUAAUAUUAUUAAAGAACGUAUAAUAGCAGAAAAAAUCUACUCUGUAAAUCUGGACGAGGGUACUACAAAUGAUAUUUUAUUGGAGUGUCCUAAAAUACGUUAUCCUAUAUAUGAUUUUCUUCCUCAUGAGAUUAGCCGUCCAAUUUAUCGGAUACUCCACCGAACACAUUGGCAGAAUCAUCAACACCUUGAUGGAGCCAUAACACAAAAAAUUGAUUGAUAGUUAUUGAAUAGUUAAUUUUUCCAAUGUUUUAGCUUUUUUUUACUCAAUUUCUAAGCGAAAAUUACUGAAUGAUGAACAUAUGCAGAACCUGCCUCAAAACUCCAGCUGAUAAGCGUAUUUCGGAGCUGGAAAAUGUCAUAAAAGGUUACAACAAAAACUCCUUCCACAUUAUGCUGUUUUGUUUAGAUAUAGAGGUCAUCGAAAAAUCCAAAGUAACAACAAAUUUAUGUAACAAUUGCUAUAGAAAAAUCAUAUCAUAUUACAAGUUCAAGACUCUAUCUCAGAAAAAUGAUGCAUAUUUAAAGUCUUUAGACCCCGCUGUGCCGUUGGAGGACCAGAAAUUGUCUGUGUACGUGGAUGAAAAUGGAAUUAAACACGAGAAUUUCUUAGAUCCUGAUGAUUUCGGUCCCAGUCUCUUAGAAGACAAUACAGGAUUUAAAAUAAAAGUAGAAAUUAAGGAUGACGAGUCAGUAGGAGACAUUGAAAUAAAUGUUAAGGAUAAAGACACAUUGCAAAAUCCAGAGUCAGAUGAAGAGCCGUUGAGUGUGGCACAGAAAGAUAAAUAUGAAAAUGUUAAAAAUGAUUGUAAAGAAAAUGCACCUGUGCACAAGAAACGUGGACGUCCCAAAAAAGUUAAAUUACCAAAAAAAAGAAAGGUGAAAGAAGAGCGUCAAGUGUGUGAGGAGUGUGGCAAGUCCGUCCGUAACCUCAAGCUUCAUUCCCUCCUUCACCGACGAAAGGAUGAGAGGCAGAUGAUUCAGUGUAAGCUCUGCCCGAAGUUCUUCUAUACUGUACACGGUAGAAACAAACAUCACCAUAACAUUCAUUCAGGCAUAAGCAAAUCUAUAUGUGAUAUCUGUAAUAAAGAGGUUAAAGAUCUGAAGGGCCACAUAAAGAUGAUGCAUAAUCGGGAAAGUUUACCACAUGGCUGUGUCUCGUGCGAGCGCCGGUUCACGUGCCGUUCGGCACUUGACAAACACAUGGCCAAACAUGUUGGCGUGCCAGAAUUACCAUACGAGUGUGAUAUAUGCAAAAGGAGGUUCCGUUUCAAGAAUAACGUCUCAAAACAUAUACGGAAAUGCCAUUUAAAUGAAAAGAAUUAUCAAUGUCAAAUCUGUUCUAAGACUUUUUUCGACAAACAACCAUUUAUUGGUCAUGUGGAGACGCACUCCAAGAAGCGGCUGUACAAAUGCAAGGACUGCGGCCGAGGCCUCAAGACAAGGGAUACGCUGAAAAAGCACCUCUUACUCCAUAGAAAUGACAAGUUCCCCUGUCAACUAUGCAGCAAGACCUUCCAAACACUCGAAUACUUGAGGGUUCAUAUGAGGAUCCACACCAAGGAGAAGCGUUUCGAGUGCCGGUUCUGCGGCGAGCGCUUCGGCCGCACGGACCGACGCAGACGGCACGAGUCCAUCGCCCACCAGAAACAGCUAAAAGCCGAAUAAACUAUUAUCAAACUU